CGUUGGUCAGCCAAAACCCUGGAAGUGUUUUUUCAUGAGUUUGAUCCAGCGGUGCAUCGUCAGGAAACACUGAAACUUUACCAAUGAUCUGUAUAUUACUGGUGGCCGGUCAUGGAACCGUUUUGGAGACACAAAUAAAGAAUGACGACACAGGCUUGUACGGCCACCUGACUGGGGUACCAAAGGCCUUGCUUCCUGGCAUAGGAGGAAAGAAGAUCCUGGACUUUUGGUGGGAAACAGUCAACAUGAGACAGCUGUUCACAGAAGUGUAUCUGGUCACAAACGCAGACAAGUAUAAGCACUUUGAGCGCUGGGCGACAGCCAAUGACUUCCCAGUGGAAAACGUGGUGAACGAUGGCAGCACCACAUUGGAGGACCAGCUGGGGGCCGUGGCUGACCUGGAGCUGGUCAUUCGCAGCCGCAAGCUGCAGGACGACAUCAUGGUGAUUGCAGGAGACAUGCUGUGUGCAGACCAGAACUUUGACAUCGCUCAAGUAAUCCGCUUCUUCAGGUCAAAGCCUGGAGAACUGGCCAUAUACUAUGAGCUGGAGGAAGGGGAGAAGAGCAGCUCCAGGGGCAUUGUGGAGGUCUGCCCUGACACCCACAGGAUAACUCGCUUCUUGGAGAAACCCCAGGAAGGACUGACAGCGUCUCGGCUGGCCAGCGUCGUGUUUUACUGCCUCCGGAAAAACACACUGCCCUGCCUCUCCGAGUUCCUCAGCCUGCAGCCACAAGCUCAGGACAGGAGCUUUGGACAGUUCUGGGAGUGGCUUAUUAAUGAGAAGCAGCUGCAUGUGUUUGGGAUGAAGCUGCCCACCGGCUUCCAACUCAUUGGACAAGUGGGCCUGUCAGACUACACCAAGUGGCUCACUCACUACUCGGCCAAGAAACAAGGCAAUCCUGCUAAACCAAUCACGUGCCGGUCGUAUGCUAGGGCUGGCUUAAUGGGGAAUCCUUCAGAUGGAUUUCAUGGGAAAACCAUCGCUAUGACCAUCUCUAAUUUCUGGGCUGAGGUUACCUUGGUGGAGAGCCAGAUUUUGGUGUUGCUCCCUCACCCUCUCAAUGACCCCACAGAGUUUGGGAGCUUGCAGGAUUUGUUCUGUAUCAGCAGAAAGGAAGGGUACUUAGGAGGUCUCCGGUUACUUCAGGCUACUUGCAAGAAGUUCUACCAGUUCUGCUCAAAACAAGGUAUUGCCUUGACAAAGCAGAACUUCACGCUCAAGUAUGACACCAACAUUCCUCGACAAGUGGGCCUCGCUGGAAGCAGCGCCAUUGUCUCAGCAACCCUAAAGUGUCUCAUGAAAUUUUAUAACAUCACGGACAGUGAUCUUCCUAAGCCCAUCCGCGCAAACUUCAUCCUCAACGUGGAGACGGACGAGCUGUUCAUCACAGCUGGCCUGCAGGACAGAGUCGUACAGGUCUAUGAGGGUUUGGUCUACAUGGACUUCAGCAAGCAGCUCAUGGAGGAGCGUGGAUAUGGGGAGUACGUGUCCAUUGACAUGAAGAACCUUCCAACCUUCUGGCUGGCCUACCUGAGCGACCCCAGUGACUCUGGACGCAUCCACAGCAACGUCCGCCAGCGCUGGCUCAGCGGGGAGCCUCUGGUGGUUGAAGCCAUGAAGACUUUUGCUGAACUCACAGAUCAGGCCAGGACGGCUCUAGAAGAAGGAGACUGGACCCGGCUGGCACAGCUGAUGGAUCAGAACUUUGAGCUGCGGAGGUCGGUCUACACUGAUGACUGUCUGGGUCCUGGCAACCUCAAGAUGGUCCAGCUGGCGCGGCAGUUCGGCUCGGCUGUGAAGCUACCAGGCAGCGGGGGGGCUGUGGUCGGUCUGUGUCUGGACCAAGAGAGACUGGUGGAGAUGAGGCAAGCUUUCCAGGAAGCAGGCUGUGUCUUCUGCACUAUCAUACCCUACGACCCAUCUGCCAGUGCUGCCAGCAGCCAGCAGGAACCUCACCAUGACUGAAUCAGGAAACUCAUGGACAUCCGUUAGAUAUGGUUAGGUGUGGCACCUAUCAUAUCUGAGCUGUUUUUACUAUCAAAAUAAAAAGUCAAGAUCAAGCAAAAACAAUCUAUUUGGAAUCCACGUGUAAAGUCAAAUCACAUCAGUGAAGCAUUGUGGACUAAUGUUUGCCCUUCACUGAUAGUUUGGAGACUUAUGUGUUAUAAUUGAUCAUAUUGACCAAAUAAUAAUGACUUUUAAGUCUUUAGACAUUGAUCUAUGUUGUCCAGAUUUCAAACUUUUUGGUGGCAAAUGAUGUCAGAUGCAGGGAGUUUGCUGUUUCUUACAGUUUAAGUCAAAUUUCUGAUCUGUAACAAUGUUAAAUAUAUUUUUAUAUUCAUGUUAUAUGUUGAUCGCAUCGACCACGAAAUAAUGAAAGUGAUUUUUGUAUGCAAAGCAGCUUCUACAGACAUUGGUGUUUUUCCAUAUACUGUAUGAAUAUGCAAUCCAGUCAUGUCUCACCAAUAAACACAAUAAUGACAUAAGUC